ACACUCCCAAGUUUCCAUAUUAUUUAGCGUCCAGCAAUCUGCCAUCCUCCUCUCCCUUGCAGCCUUCGCUAUAUAUAUUUCUCUUUCCCCCUCGGAGAUUUCCCCUCCCCUCUCCCCUCUACAUACACAAGACGCCAGAAGCAGCAGCAGCAGCGAUCAAGCCACAGCCGAAGCAAAAGCAGCCAUGGCAAUGGAACCACUCCCUCUCUUCAUGGGGGACGGCACGGACGCCGCGCUCUUCUCCGCCUUCUGGUCCUCCUUCCCGGACGAUCUGCAGCAGCCCCCGCAAGAGAGCGUGGCGGAGCUGAAGCAGAGCCUGGUGGCCACCACGCUGGAGCUGGAGGCGGCCAAGGAGGAGCUCAAGAAGAAGGAACAGAGCAUCGCCAAGCUCGCCGACCUCGUCCGCCAGGUGGCCAAGGAGCGCGAUGACGCGCGCGACCAGCUGCAGCAACUCCGCCUACUCGCCGCCGCCGCGCCGGCCCCCGCCGCCCCGCCGCAGCCGCUCGUCACGUCCAGCGUCACCGACUCCGACUGCAGCCUCGUCUCCUCCCCCGUCGACCCCUUCUUCGACCCCGUCACCUCCGCCGACAGGCGCUGCAAGCACAGCCCCGCCACGCCGCCGCCCCCGUCGGCUGCCGCCAAGCAGCAGUGCCAACCCGGCCCCAACGUCGUCGGGUCGGCUGCCGACGCCGUGCUCGAUAUGCUCGCCAGCAAGAGGACGCUGCCGCAGAAGGGGCGCCUCCUGGCAGCCGUCAUGGAGGCCGGGCCGCUGCUGCAGAACCUGCUCGUCGCCGGGCAGCUCCCGCGGUGGCGCAACCCGCCCACGGUGCACGCCCCGGACACGCUGCCCCUCGGCGCCCGCGCCGGCUACGUCAGUGCGCCCAUGGCUGCUGGCGGCGCCAACGCCGUGGCGGCCGCCACGACGCUGGGCUACGCCGGCUCCAACGCCUGCAUGAAGCGGCCAAUGAUGACGGCGAUGCCCAUGCUGCCGCUGACGCCCAUGGCCGCCGGCAACAGCUCGUCGGGGUUCAUCGCCAAGCGGCAGAGGCUGCAUUGACCGCAACCCAGCUGCGCGGUGGUUGUACGCCUGAUUGCCUAUGGGUGGGUCCACUUGUCAGCGACAGGGGAUUCACCAUUCUCCAUUGAUUGUUCAGCAAAACGUUUCAACAAGUAAUGGUGGUUUAGCUGCUAACUGCAUAGUAGUGUUAUGAGUCAUAGAAGUAACUUACUAGAAGUAUAGUCAGGUGCUUAUGAUAAUGUGAAUAGCAGGGUUUCACAGUUCCUUCUGCUGCUGCUUUUUUGUUUUCUCUUCCAUUUUUGAGCAUUUGAGUGUCUUAGAAUGAGGCUGUUCUGUUAAUAGCUUGACAUGGGAGUAUCAGAGCCAACUUCUCUUGCUUUGUGGUGAGGAUCUUGGUUCUUCUGAUUCCAUGUCACAGCCCAUGGCUUGGCUUUGGAGUUGCAAUUUACCUAUAUAUCCUUCAGCGGAGAGCUGCUUCUUGAUAUGUUCUCUGCACAUCAAUAUAUGCUACAAUAUCUUUUGGUGUCAAAA